AGAAAAGCUUUCGCAAAAGCAAGAUUCUCAUCAUAAUGUUCACCAAUGAUACAGUAUCGCGGUUUUCGAAUACAGAUAUCACCCCAACUGAUCUGGGCACGAUUGAGUUAGAAACGACGCGGCCUGACUCACUUGACGAUGUUUUCGGUGCUGACACAGAUGAUGAAUCUUCAACCCAACAGCUUUCUAUGAGGAACGUUUCAAGGCAGCAGGCUCAGAAUGAUGAUGUUUCGGAUGUUCCACGACUACAAGGUAUUCAUAGAACCAACGGUUACCGCGAUGGCGUCGCUGCAAGCAAGGAGAAAUUUUUACAGGAUGGAUUUGAUGAAGGGUAUUCUUUGGGCGCAGAGCUGGGAGCCGCUGCAGGACAGAUUGUUGGAGUGCUUGAAUCCUUGGCAGUGGCCAUAUAUCCAAACGAUGAAGGCACUAAGAUGAGAGUCGCAGUUUCGAAGAUGUUCGAACUGGCAACAAAUGAGCUCUCCGCCAAAAAUCUGUAUGGCCCUGAAUACUUCGGGGAAGAUGGGAUUUGGAAAUAUGAAGUUGCAGGUGAUGAAGGCCUUGAAAAAGAAGAGAGCAUCACCUUCAGACUUGUUGCUGACCAGCAUCCAAUUAUCAAAAAAUGGAGAUCGACUCUAAAGGGCUUGAUGGACAAGUAUCAGCUUGAGGGUGAGAAGACUCUAGCUUGAUCGCCAAUUUAGGAGACAUAUUGAGGCUUCAGUAAAGAGAAGAACUUGCUGAAAAUUGCUGGAAAAGCCAUGUAUCCUUUCCCGAAAAUUUCCCGGUCUCGACUACAAAUAUCGCCAAAGAGUGCAGCAAAUCUUGUCUCUGCUUGGGAAAAAUGACAGCUAUGCAAGAGGUGUUGUCUUCACUUGAUGAGCAAGGACAAUAGAAGAAUGCAACGCAGCUAGUCAGAAUUGCACACAUUCCAUAACAGGCGCAAUGCGAUGCUCUGUUAUAGCAUAGCUUCUGCAACGCCUUGAAACUUGGGAAACGCCAAGUAGGAAGAUGUUCAAGAACGGUAGACGGUGACCCAGAAGCCUGAGCUGAUGAGAGUUUCUUCAUUCAUGUGUCAAAGCAGGCACACUGAAUGACACCAUUGCGCAGUAUUGCAAAAAAAUGCCUUUUCAUGUUUAACAAGCUCUACUUUCAACGCUUCAGUGUCAGCGGGACCUCUCUAUUCAUUAUAAAAUUAACGUCGACCCCAAGGUCCGGUCUUCGGUAUUGCAACAGGUCAAACUCUGUUUCUUUCAACAUUCUGAAGCCGAACCGUUCAUAUAGCGGCCGACCUUCCUUGGUGCUCUCAACGUAGCAGUCCAGUCCCAACUUAUCUGCUCGAUGGGUAUCCCAAUUUACUAGCAGACCUCCAGCACCUUGUUUACGAUGUUUUGGACUGGUAAAGAGCAUGUUCAAAUAGAUAUCAGGGCUAGCGCCCAUAAAUUCUCUCCGAUUAGUUCCCGAG